UUUAAGCCUCAAGCUGUAAUUUUUGACCUGAUCACCAACACCAAGUUUGAUAUGGCUAUCAUGGUUUUUAUCAUGUUGAACAUGAUUGUCAUGGGUUUAGACCACUACAGACAAACAGAAAUGUUUGAGCUUAUUGUGGAAAGACUGAACAUCUUCUUUAUUGCUGUCUUCACUGCUGAGUGUGUUCUCAAGAUCUUUGCUCUUCGAUGGCAUUAUUUUAAAGAACCAUGGAAUAUAUUUGAUUUUGUUGUUGUAACACUAUCAAUAUUAGGUGUUGGGCUCAAGGACCUGAUUGCUGCUUAUUUUGUUUCUCCUACCCUUCUUCGUGUAGUCCGAGUUGUUAAAGUAGGUAGAGUGUUAAGAUUAGUGAAGGGAGCUCGAGGGAUUCGGACCCUGCUUUUUGCCUUGGCCAUGUCUUUACCUGCUCUCUUCAACAUCUGCCUUCUUCUUUUUCUUGUCAUGUUUAUCUAUGCUAUUUUUGGUAUGGCUUUUUUUAUGAAUGUGAAACACCGUUAUGGAAUUGAUGAAAACUUCAACUUUGAAACUUUUGGUCAGUCAAUGAUUAUUCUUUUCCAAAUGUCCACAUCAGCUGGUUGGGAUGGUGUUUUAGCAGCCAUAAUGGAUGAGAGUGAUUGUGACCCUUCUAUUGACACCUCAGAGGGAAACUGUGGGAGCAGAAGUAUUGCAGUUGCAUACCUUAUUUCUUAUUUAAUUAUAAGCUUUCUCAUUAUCAUAAACAUGUAUAUAGCUGUUAUUCUGGAGAAUUACAGUCAAGCACAGGAGGAAGUUGAAGAAGGAUUGACUGAUGAUGACUAUGACAUGUAUUAUGAAAUAUGGCAGAAAUUUGAUCCAGAAGGCUCACAGUACAUUCCAUAUGAAAAGUUAUCAGACUUCAUGGAUACUCUUGAGUUUCCCCUUAGACAACCUAAGCCUAACAAGUACAAAAUUAUUUGCAUGGACAUCCCUAUCUGUGAAGGAGAACAGAUGUAUUGUGUAGACAUUUUAGAUGCACUCACUAAAGAAUUCUUUGCUACAAAGGGUCAUGUAAUUGAAGAAAGUGCUGAGCUAGCAGAAGCAGUCCCAUCCAAAGACAACAGAAAGUUCCAGCCAAUCAGCAGUACUCUGUGGCGGCAACGGGAGGAGUAUUGUGCACGUGUGAUUCAGCAAGCAUUAAGACAUUUUAAAGAAAGAAAAUUACUAUAUACAGACAAAACACAAACUGCCCUUGGUGUUGCAGCUAAUAAUUUUGUGACUAGUGAUCAUAAAAUUGUGGUUUAUUCACGGUCAUCCAGUGAAUCUAGUAGUACCACAGAUGUGUGAUAAGCACUAAAUUUCAUAGAUGAAAAUGUUUCAAACAAGAAGGCAGCCAACAGGUAAACAGGUAUCAAGCUGUAUUUUUGUAUUCUUAUGCAGAAGAGACCAAGACCAUUCUGCUUACAACACAGUGGUUGAUUAACAUGAUAACAAUGGUUUUUCCACUUGUUAUUUUUCUAACGACUAUUAAUUAAAAGGUCAACAUCUCUACUGUGUACAUAUGCAAGGCUUUGGAGUCAAAUCCUCUAAAAUAAUUAUUUGUUCAAAUUUGGAGACACUUUGUGUUUUGUUGCAGGAUGAACUUCAGGUAUGCUUCCUGUUUAUUCUUCCUUGUUUAAUGUUGAAACAGUUCACAAUCAAAGAAUCUUUGCUGGAAUUACCAAUAUUGUACACAGUUGUUUUAAAAAGGUUUUUACUUGUAAAUUUCAAUUAUCUAAUUAUGUUGCAGCACAAUCAAAACAUUUGUCUUUACUGCUUUUAACUGUAUUCCUCUUUUAUAAUGAAUUGAGUUGCUCAGCUAGACUUUUUAAUAUUUUGAUGUAUUUUAAUUUAAUCUCUUUUUCUUAAGAAUUAGAUUUUUUAUAAGUUUAAUGAUUCUUCUAGGCUUCUUGUAACAUAUUUAUUUCCUUACUAAAACAUCAGAGAAAGUCAAGAAAAUGGAAGAUGUUGGUUCUACAUUUAAUAAUGAGGAUUUCUUUUAUACUGGGCAACUCCAGCUGUACAGUAAAUUAUUAUUUACAGUAAAUGGUCAUAUUGCUAAUGAGGUAUGAGUAAAGAAAAUAUAAAACUUUUAGAAAAAUAACUUCUAUUCAUGAAUAGCAUUCUGCUUGAUUUAUCUGCUACAAAACCUAUUCUCUGUUUCAGACCAGCCCAGGAAAGCUGAGGCAUGUUGUAUAAUUUGUUGUUCCCAACCUAAUAAUGUAUUCUGUCAUAUAAAAUAAGUUUCCAUAUUGAAAUAUGUAUAUCUAUUUAAAUAAAGAAAUAGUUAUCUAUAUAAAGAAAAGUACUUAUAAGAGCUGCUCCCUUGCCCUUCUAAUGGGAGUUAAGAGAUGCUAAAAGUGUUUCAGAUGAUAAAUGUAUGCAGGACUACUUCACAAGGGCUAUUUUGUUUCUCAUGUGCCUUCAUAAGUUGUAAUUUUACAUGCAUCUGCAAUGAUCGUGCAUCAGAAAUCAAGUUAUCAAGUAUAAAUGAUGAUCCUUAUUUGUUCUGGUGCAGUGUGUUUGUUUCACUAUCCAAAGUUAAAACUUUGUACCAACUGUUUUGGGCCCCUUUCACAUCAUUUCAAAGCAAAUCAUUUAAACUUUCUAAUGUCAGUAUUCCUGAAAGCAUCUAUUACACUUGUGUUAUGGACAAAAUGAGUUAGCAUCAGUAAGCCCUAUAUUUUUCUUUAAUCUAUUGAGGGAAUUAGGCCGACCACUAAAGUUGAAAUUUAUAAGUUGAUCUUUUCAUUUCUACUUUAUUAUUCCAGCCCUUUUGGAAGUGGUCAGGAAGAGGCUGAAAGACCAGGAAAGUAAGGUAUUGAGAAAGAAAUUAGCCAUAAGCUUCCUCUCUUAUUAUUUCCACUCCCUUGUUUGUUUGGUAUUCAAUUUGGCCUUUCAUAGAUGUUCUUACUUUGUAAAACAUAACAGUUUGUAUCAAGUUCCCUGUAUAUACCUCAUUGAAUAAAUUUUGAUAAAUUUACCACAUCA